GAUGGUGUGCCAGCAGAGAGAGAGAGCGUUGAUGUUGUGUUUGUGGUGCAGGCGGCCUGGCUGCUGAAGGCUGUCACAUGCAUCGACCUGACAACUCUCGCUGGAGAUGAUACACCGUCCAACGUCCACCGGCUGUGUCUGAAAGCCAUCCAGCCGGUCCCAUACCACCUGCUCAACAAGAUGGACAUGCACUACCAAGGACUUACUACUGCAGCCGUGUGUGUGUAUCCGUCUCGGGUGGCUGAUGCCGUUCGGUCACUGAAAGCCGCCAACUCCAGCCUUGCUGUGGCCUCAGUGGCCACUGGUUUCCCAGCAGGCCAGACACCACUGGAGACCCGGCUGCAGGAAGUCCGCUUGGCGGUGGCUGACGGAGCCAUGGAGAUUGACAUCGUCAUCAACAGGACGCUGGCGCUCACGGGACAGUGGGAAGCCAUGUACGACGAGGUGCGUCACUUCCGGGAAGCCUGUGGGGACGCACACAUGAAGACCAUCCUGGCUGUGGGAGAACUGGGAACCUUCACCAAUGUGUACAAGGCCAGCCUGGUAGCCAUGAUGGCCGGUUCGGACUUCAUCAAGACAUCCACAGGAAAGGAAUCUGUCAACGCCACAUACCCUGUCGCCAUAGUGAUGGUGAGGGCAAUCCGGGACUACUACUUGUGUACAGGCCAUAAGGUGGGCUUUAAGCCAGCGGGGGGGAUCCGCACCGCUCACGAGUCUCUGCUGUGGCUCACACUGAUCAAAGAGGAGCUGGGACACGAUUGGCUCUGCCCGCACCUUUUCCGUCUCGGAGCCAGCAGCCUAUUGGCUGACAUCGAGAGGCAGAUCUACCAUCAUGUGACAGGACAGUAUGCGGCCUAUCAUGAGCUGCCAAUGGCCUGAAGCUGUGACUUCCUGUUUUAAAUGACUUCAGACUCACCACCCAAGCCUGAUCGUGUUGUUCAGGGCUUUAACUGAAGACUGGGACCAGUGUCUGUGACACAAAGAAUGGCUUCUUCAGAAGCAUAUUACUGUACUACAUUAUUCACUUGUCACAGUAUUUUGUUUCAUAAUAAAUUGUAUCAUUGUGAAUGAUGUGCUGAGUUACACCUAAUUUGCUUCAUGUGAAGUGGGAAAAACUAGUGAUUUAAAUCUAUUUGUCCUUCAAAACCAGAUAAUGUGUUUAACUCUGGUCCUUGCUGAUUUUUCACAAAAUAAAGUCUGCAAACAUAA